ACACAACAUUUAAACUGCGUUCUGAAUGGAAUGAAACUAUUUUUUCAUAUGUCUUAUCGUGUUUAAUGAAGUUACUUCACUUUCUGGAAUAAGAACAGUAGCAUUUCUUUUGUGACUUCGUUUUCUCGUAAUCAGAUAAUGACUGGAUGAGCUUAUUUAUCACGUGGUGCGCUGAAUCAGAGGCAACCACAACGUGACACACAGAAAGCCAAGCCAGUAGCAGCGCGUUGACCGGGUGGCGGAAGAGGACGGCGUUUCCCGCCGUGCGAGAGCUGCUUUGGGAGUACCGUGUUUUCCCGUAAAUCACACUAAAACGUGGGUGUUAAAUGUCAGAGACAUUUUAAAUAUCGAAACAAAAACAAUUUUUUGUUGUGUGAACCGUUAAGCAGUCAUGUUUAUCCAUUAUAUUUAUAGCCUUUAAGCUUCAUGAAAUAUUCGAAUGUUUCGUGAUAAAAUUUGCUUUUGCUAACCUAUGUGCAAACAAUUCGAGUGUCACCGAAAGUAAAUAGUUUCAUAGUUUCGUAAAGUGGAAAAAAAUGGAGAAUAUGAAUGGUGAAUCAAGAACUUCCCGUCACGACAACGGAGAUAUUAUUAAAUUUUUCACAGCUUUGCCUUCUAAGCAUGGCAGAUUGGAAGGAAAUGGUUCAUCUGAUGUAACAAUGAAGAAAAUAGCAAAACUUCAGGAAUUGCAAGAAAAUAUGAUUCGACAAAUGGAUGAACAAUUUAAAGAAAUAGUUGGACACAUGGUUGAGGGCAUUGACAAUGUAGAUCAUGUAAAUCAUUUCCAUUAUGACAAUGCCAAAUAUAGCAACAGAGUGAAAUCAUCAAAAGAUGGAAAGCUCUCAGACAAAAUAUUUUUAGCUCGUGAGUCUCUUCUUACUGAUCUUUUUCAGAUUAAACAUUUCUACACAAUAUACAAUAUCUUCAUUGCAAUUCUUAUAAUUCUUUUCCUCAAUACUGCUGUAUAUGACAUUGUUUCCACUGGAACGUUGAAUUUGGGAUUAUCAUUAAUUCAAUGGAAUUUUGGGAAAUUCCACAUAUUUUUUUUAAUGUGGAUAUUAAUGAUGAUUGGAACUGUUGGUGUGUACUGUUCGAUGCACUUUUGGGCUCAUUACAGAAAAGAGUAUUAUGGAAAGUCUGCUUCAAGGAAAGCAUGGGAUUAUGGGUGGUUAGGCUUAUACAUCAUUUAUCAAGUCAUCUUUGGAAUAUGGCCUGUGGCGCAAGUAUUGAAGUAUAAUCUUCCUCCAGCUUCAUCAAUGGCACUCCUUAUGGAACAGGUUCGAUUGAUUAUGAAAUCCCAUGCAUUUGUAAGAAGCAAUAUACCUCGUGCUCUUACUUACAAACCUCAUUCUGAACAGGAUGAGAAAAAAUUGAUACCAGAAUUUGGCCAUUUUUUGUAUUUUUUGUUUGUACCAACUCUUGUGUACAGGGAUUCUUACCCAAGAACCCAUAAAAUAUCAUGGCAUAAAGUAAUAUGGCAUUUCCUGGAAGUGGUGGGAGUUAUUUUCUAUGUGAGUUUUAUUUUUGAAAGAUUUCUUGUGCCAUUGUUCAACCAAUAUGGUGUGAAGCAUUUUGGUCCUGAACAUCUUGUAGUAUCCAUUUUUGGCAGCAUGAUGCCAGCAACACUUGCAUUCCUUUGUGCAUUUUUUGGCCUUUUACACUCUUGGAUGAAUGCAUUUGCUGAGAUGACCCGUUUUGCUGAUAGAAUGUUUUACAAGGAUUGGUGGAACGCCAACUCGUAUGCUGAAUAUUAUCGUAUGUGGAACCUUGUUGUUCAUGAUUGGCUGUACACAUAUAUUUUCAAAGAUUAUUGUUUACUAAUAAAGUCGAAAAGUCGGCUAGGACCUACACUGACUGUUUUCAUUGUUUCUGCUGUUGUUCAUGAAUAUAUUUUGAUGUUUGUUUUUCGAUUUUUUUAUCCUAUGUUAUUUGUUGCAUUUGGAGGAUUUUCAGCUGCUUUAGUAUUCCUCACUGGAAAUUCAUCAAAAGGCGGAAACUUGUUCAUGUGGUUGACUCUGUGUUUGGGGACAGGUGUGCUGACAGCUGCCUACAGCAUGGAGUGGUAUGCUAGAAUUAACUGUCCCCAAGUUCUUUUACUGAUUUCUUUGUUCCGCGGUCCUGGUUUUGCAAUGCUGUUAAACAGUGAAUAUGACAUGGGAGAAAAAGUUACGGGCUCUUCAAAUAAAAGGUGGGAAACUGAGGAGAAAGAAAAGUGUAAUUAAAAUCUCUUUGAGAUUUUUCAAGAGAUAAAAUCUCAGAGAUUUUUUUUUUUGCUUCUCACUGGGAUGUAAUUAGGUGUAUUUUUUAUAUGUAAAUUAUACAUACAAUUCUAGCAAUUCUUGUUAGAUAAUUGAGUGCCAAAGAUGUAUAUGAUAAUUAAUCUGAUGUAAAUUAUAUAAUACUUUGUUCAUUACUAAAGUUUAAAAUAUAUUUUUUCAUAUUUACUUGAGAACUAAAAUUUAUUUAAUCCUACCAUUGGUGAAACAACACUUUUAGAACAGAGUAGUUCUAAAUAGAGAUGCAACAUUGCUGUAGUGAAGCUAAUGUUUUGUUUGUUAAUACUAAAAUAAAUGUAUUCAAAUCAAAAGGAUGCUGCUUAUACUACCAUACAGAAGUGACUUGCUAUAUGGUACAACCUUCAUUGAUCAGACUAACUCUUGUCCAAAAUCACCAAUGUCGUAUUUCCUAAAUCUUUCCUUGUAUUUUGCACAUGCAGAAGUGCUAAAUGUAUGCACUGUGGUUCUUCUUCAGUGAACUAAAGCUCUUACAUCUUAAGAUGUCCCUAGGAGCUCUGACGUCUGGUUUGUUAAUUGUUCUUAUUAUUUUCCACCUCUGUUUUGCCAAUGAAAUCUUAAUAAAUGACCAUGGCCACUCCAAAGAAAUAUUGUGCUACAAGUACAUUUACUAUACCAUUUUUCAAACAUGUUUAAAAACAUCAAUGGUUUUUGGUCAAUUGAUAUCAUUAUUGAUGUUAUAAUUUUGAACAAAGAUGCUCUGUUAUCAAUAUUGCAUCACUACUUUUACACUUUUUUUUUCCCCUUAGAUCUGAAAAAGCCCUUAACAUACUGUUCUUGUGUAUUUAUAUUACUAAUUUCCAAUCCACACAGAAAUUGAAAGA